GGGUGGGGCCAGCAGCGGGAGAUGGCGCCCGGCGAGGCGCAGCCCGGGGCAGGGGCUGUUCCUCGGGGCAGUGCCGGGCCUCAGGCGGCCGCCGCUAGGAAGCAGCGCGCCUCCGCCCGCAGGAAGGCGUUCUCCCUGUUCGUCAAGGCGAAAGAGGUACCGGCCGCCUACCCGAGCGGCGGGGCGGCCGUGUGGUGGAGGUGCUGCCGGCAGACGUUCCGCGAGCGCCGUGGCAUCCACCGGCACGUCGGUACGCAGCACGGCGGGGACGUCGAGCAGCAGGCGACCGGGCUCGAGCCUGCCGGCAGGGUGGUAUCAGCUGAGCGGGCGGGAGGACAGUCCUGUGGAGAGCUCUGCGAGGCGCUCCCCGACACCAGCGGCCUCCGCAGUGAGGAGCUGACCAGCAAGGUGGGAGAGGUACUUCUGUAUUACUGCUACUGUGAGGUGAAGGAUCCAGAGAAACUCUGUGCUUGGCAAAAGGCUCUGUGCCAGCAUCUGCAUCUCACUGGAAAGGUACGAAUUGCUUCAGAAGGAAUUAAUGGAACAGUUGGUGGAAGCAAAGUAGCUACCAAUCUCUACAUUGAAGUGAUGCUUGCACAGCCUCUCUUCAAAGACAUUUUGUGUCGAGAUGAUUUCAAGAGUAGUGCAGGAGGAGCUCACUGUUUCCCGGAUCUUCGAGUUGGAGUGUUCAAAGAAAUUGUACCACUGGGCAUUGAUCCAAAAGAGGUCUCUUAUAAAGAAACUGGAAUCCAUUUAACCCCUCAGGAAUUUCACAGAGAAGUAGAACAUUAUCUGUCUCAGUCCAGUCAAGGACAAAGUGAUACCAUCUUGCUGGAUUGUAGAAACUUCUAUGAAAGUAAAAUAGGACACUUCCAAGGCUGUCUGGCUCCAGAUAUCAGGAAGUUCAGCUAUUUUCCCAGCUAUGUUGAUGAAAAUCUGAAGCUGUUUAAAAACAAGCGUGUCCUGAUGUACUGCACAGGAGGCAUUCGCUGUGAAAGAGGCUCUGCUUACCUGCGGAGCAAGGCAGUGUGCAAAGAGGUCUAUCAGCUAAAAGGUGGAAUUCAUAAGUACUUGGAGGAAUUUCCAGAUGGAUUCUACAGGGGAAAGUUGUUCGUAUUUGAUGAUCGUUAUGCCAUUUGUUCCAAUGAAGAUGUCAUCUCAGCAUGCAGAUACUGUGGGACACGGUGGGACCAGUAUAAACUUUGUUCCAGCCAGCACUGCCGGCAGCUUGUCCUGACAUGUCUGAGUUGUCGUAAGAAAGGUCUUACAGCUUGCUGUCCUGUGUGUCAAGAGAAAGAGCUUCAGGUGACCUCAGGAGCUCCAGGACAGGCACUAAAGGAGGAAUGUGAAUGUACACAGAGACGGCCAAGGGUACCCAUUGAGCAUAUCUCACAAGGGACACAGGGCACAGGACAAGAUUAAGCUGUUUCAUUAGCUGAUCUGACACUCAUGCUAAUUUGAAGGGCUUCUAAAACCAAAUCUCUUAUCUGUUACUCAACUGGAUUACAAAGAAAUCACAAAAGUCUGUUGGCUUGGAAAGUCUUGUUUAUAACCCACUUUAAAAUCCUGAAAAAUAAUGUGCAUUACUUGAACAUAUAUACCGGAGUGUACGAUCUAUUACUAGUGCUACUGGACUCCUCUCCCUGCCUAGUCUUGUAGCCAGACCUCUACCAUGGGGAUUUUGCAGCAGAGAUUGUGUGAUGGGACACAGCUGCUCACAGUUUGAAAGAAACUGAUGGGACAACAAAAAAAAUCUACUGUUCUUCUAUGAAGGUGGGUCUUUCUGUCCUCUCCAUUAAUUAUGUAUUUGCUGUAAUAGUGCAAGCGUUAUGAAGACUGCAGAUUUAUGAAUAUUUGGCUAAAUCACCAGAUUAGAAAUGAAGGUAUUUUCCACAUACAUACCAUCUGCACCUACCUCUUGCUUUCUAGUAGCGAGAAGCAAGGGGUAGUUACAUGAAGUCACAGAUUUUAAUCCAGUGUAAAAGCUUGAAGGCAGAGCAAGGACCCCUGUCACAACUGCAGCAAAGGCCGAGGACAUGGGUUGCACAUAGGUACUGUGCCUGGCUGUACUUGCUUAUGACCUGUGGGGUGGCCAGCAGAAGUGAUUCUCAUUUUGAUGCUUUUGUCUGCUGUUUUUUCCCUCAGCUUGUGAGUAUAUGAAAUAUCCAGGAUUCAACUCUGCUUGCACUAGAAAGAAAUGACAGCUUGAAGCAUGUUGCUACUGAGACACUAAGAGAGGGGAGGACAGAGACUGACAUAGUACUAGUUAUGGCAACGGAAGUGAUGGUGAUGUGUCUGUAAAUGUCUGAAAAAGCAGUAAGAUUUGUUACCCACGUUAAACAAUUCAAGAUGUUGGGGGCAUAUGUGCUUUGCAAAUACAGAUUAAGUUUUGGUACCACGGAAACAGAACGGCUUUUGGGUUGAAGGCCCUUCAGUUUUUCCUUGUCUUUCUUUUUGACGGUGACUCAUGAGGGUGGAGGGGAACAGUAACCUCCCUUACCCUGCUGGCCACCUCUCUUUUGAUGCAGCCCAGGAAACAGUUGGUUUCCUCUGCUGGGUUGGAAUUAGAUAAUCUUUGAGGUCCCUUCCAACCCAAGCUGUUCUGUGAUCCCUACGGCCCACGGUGCCUCCAGUUUUAGCCUCUUUAAUGAGCUCUUCUGCAUCAGUGAGGACCAGGUACAGAAAUGCUUCACCCACUGUUAGUCUGUCUACUGUCUGGACCAGGAAGUUAUGCUGAGUGCACUCUAAGAGUCUUCUGGAUUGCUUACAACCUGCUGCCUUGUUUUCCCAGCAGACAUCCAGGCAGUUGAGAUCCCCCAACAGGAUGAGAUUCUGUGAACACAAUGCUUCUUGUCAAUGAAGUGAGAAGGCCUCAUCAAGAGGCUCCCCUUGAUCAGGAGCCUGUAGAAGACACCAACCACCAGAUGCCCUUUAUUGGUCUGGUGUGAAAUUUUACCCCACAAGCUCUCAACCUGUUCAUGGUUGUUUUUCAGAGGCAGCUCUUUGCUAUCUAUCCAUUUCUUAAGAUAGAGGGCAACUCUCUCACCCCUCCUUCCCUGCUUAUCUCUUCUAAAAAGCGUGUAGCCCUCAAUUUCAGCGUUGCACUUGGGUGAUUUGUCUCACCACGUUUCUGUGAUAGCUAUUAGGCCAUGGUUUUCUAAUUGUUCUGUGGCUUUCAUCCUGUUUAUUUGUCAUGCUGUCAGCAUUGGUGUGGAUGUACUUCAAAUUCUUUGAGGUGCCUGUCCCAAAUUCGUCUGAGACAAAUCUGAGGGGCUAAUUACUAGCUCUCCAUGUCACAGGUUGGACAUGCCUGAUCUAUGCUUUCUUGCUUUUGGUCCAUUUACGAAAGGUCUGUGUGUGGAAAUAACCUCUGCAAGGCUUGUAGAAUUCUGUCUGGUGUGUUUCUGAAAAAAGGCUUAAUAAUGGGUAAUGGUACUUGUGCAGGUGAAGCCACCGCCCUUGUGAUGCUGGAACAGUCUUCUACGUAGCCCUAAGAAGAUCUUCUAUUUUAAUGCAUGACUUUAAUACUCUCUCUGAGGAGAGUGUCAGUGAGGGCACACAGGGUGGAUUCAGCACGCAGACAUAUCAGCACCACGGGAUCCAACACAUUCUUCAGGUAGCUCAUCAAGAAGAAUGCCCAUCUGUGGAUGUGAAUCUUGAAAAUUUCCUCCUAGCCUCUUUAUCUGGCAAGAAUACAACUCUGGAUGAAAUUGUCCAGGUCGUCAUAAAGUAGGAGCUCUGGAAUCUAGCCUGUCGGUGCUUCUGUUUACUGCAAUCUCCCUUCUGCUGUAUCAGCCAUAUGUAAGUGCCAGACAUGUUAAUAAAACUGAACUAUGAAUUUGAUCUUGCUUAUUGGACUGGACAGGAGCAAGAUCAUCUAUCUCAUCAAAGAAAAUAAUUGAGUCUCAUCUGAGAGGCCUAUCAAAUAAUAAACACUGAUGUUGUUCAGAUUCGCCCACCCAUUUCCUCAGGUGGUCAGCAUCUUUUCUCAUAAAAAAGCUAUUUUCUUGUCACCUUGGCUACGCUCGUCAGUGCCAGUGGAAGUCUUCAGCAGAAGCUGAAGCAGGACCUGUGGUCCCCCAGUAUCUUACCCCAAAGCUUUGCUGGCCAGUUUACUUCUGGUGAAGAUUGGAAUAUUUGUGGAAAAAUACGCAAGUUCAACUUGCAGGACUGAUCCAGAGCACUGGUGAAAGUGCUCAGCUUGCAUAGAAUACUAUUUCUUCUUGUCAGGUAUUAACUUAAAAAGGACAUUUUAUAAUCUGUAGUCUAUCAGCAAACCUGGAACAGUGUAAUCCAUUUGGAAGGUUGGUUCUGUGCCACUUCUCAGUACAGAAUGAAGCAAGGAAGACUAAUAUGUAAUCCUCUGAAAAUGGUAUAAUGAUAAAUAACUUUUAGUGCUUCCAAUCAUACUUUCUAAGGUACUGCACAAAUACACUUCAUUUGUGUGUUGCUGGUGCUUAAUUUUGUAACGGUAAAUGCUGAAACCCAGUUAACUGUCUGCCACGUAGCAGACCUGGCUACCAGGUACAACUUUCCUGAGAGCUGGCAGCUGGAGAUCCUACCUACCUCAGAGUCACAGGGCCUGUUCUGGUCCUUGCUGCACUAAGGCAAUAGUGGAGAAGGGUUUGAAAUGUACAGACAGAGGUUCCCUCUGCUGCAGAGAGGCGAGGGGAAGGGUAAGAUGCAUGCUUAGUCCCACAAACAGCCUUUUUAUCCUGUUUUCUGCAUUGCUUUUCUGAGAUUAAUACAGGUAAGGACUUGCUGUGCAAAAACAUGAAUUGCUGUGUGCUGGUGGUAAUGCCUUAGAGAAAGCAUGUCAGCUCCAGGGUAGGUGAGUGAGGCAGGAUUGGCUGCAGUCACCCAGUGGCUUUCUUCCCUUUUUGCUGGAGAGCUGCUGAGAUGAAGCAGUGAUGCACUUGCUCCUAAAUAUCACUGUUUUGUAACUCUACUGCUGCAUUACUUGAUGCCUUUCACCACAAAGCCUGGUGCUUCUCAGCACAGUCACAUCUCUCCUUCACAGUGGUUAGCUCACUUACAUUCUCUGACAUGCGUGUGUAGCAAAGCAGUUCUGUGAGGAAGGCCAGCUGAGUUACCAGGGCUGGUCCCAUCAGCCUAACUGUGUUUGGACUACGUGGUUAAUGUGGAUGCUACUCCAGCAAAACAGGAAAAGAUGUUUCUUAAAGGGCUUUUGUUGCUGAAGACUGAAUGCUGCUGUCACAUCCAUGACAGUGCUCCCUGCAUAUCAUUGCAUGUCUGGGUCACUGAGAACCAUCAGGAUUUCCCAGGGUAAGGCAUGUUUAUGCUCUUUUGAGGCCACUGGGGCUGCUGAGCCCAUUCCAUGCAGAUCUGAGCAUAUAGCAGAAAGUAUUUUCACUGUUGCUGUCAUCAUGUGGUUGCUUUGGAUCAAUUGCUCCUGAUAACAGUAAGAGACUACUUUCAUCUCCUAAAAUCCUUUGCAAUCCAUAUUUGUUGUUCAUAAAUGCUUUGAGGCACUGUGUAAGUCCGUGUUGAUUCUUCUAAUUGAUAUUUUCUUGCUGUUUGUUGUCCAGAAGUCUUUCCAAGGCAUCCAACAGAAGUCCAAGGCCUUUGUGUCCAAAACUGUUAACCUAGCUAGCUGGGUAGCUGGUUAAAGACACUCUCAAAGACUCAGGACAGUUAAGAAGCUUUUCCUCAGCGAUUCCAGCUUGCAAUUCAUGAAUGUACUCUUGUUGAGGACAGCGUGCAUUCAUGUUUACUGUUUUUCAGUCCACCAGAUUUGGCAGAUGCAGAAAUGUACCUGUCAGCCAUCUCACAUUUUGUGGACAAAUGUGUCUCUUAAAGGAGCUACAGUCUUCAUUUAGAUUCAUGUCUUCUAUCAUUUUCUCAAAGUGAUCCAUAACUUCUUUUUCUGAUAAGUUCAUGCAACGUUCAUCAGCAAGUGCCUGGGCAAGCAGAAUUUCACUUACAGUAGGUUGAGUGUCAAUAGGAUGCUGAAUUUGAGGUUCCUCUUCUCUCACUGCUGAUUUCCUGAAGCACGUGAUUCUGUCACGCAGCUUAGGCCGGUUUUGGCUCUUAUCUUCUGAGGAGCACCUGCCCCCUUUUGUGUUCAUCAUACUAGGCCCCAGAGAGGCUGUGGAUGCUCCAUCCCUGGAGGUCUUCAAGGCCAGGUUGGAUGGGGCAUAUCUAGUAUUAGAUAUGGAGGUUGGUGGCUCUGCAUGCAGCAGGGGGGUUGGAGCUUGAUGAUCCUUGAGGUCCCUUCCAACCUAAGGCAUGCCAUGAUUCUAUGAUCUGAGUAGAUGGCUCAGCUGAAACUGUGACUCUGGUAUGAUGAAUUAGUUGAAGUUUUUGCAGCACAUAUGGUAGAAAGAGGGUUUCCUGCCAGUUUCUUUUUUAUUGUUUAAUAUCUUCAAGCCAUUUUCUUAUGCAUUAUUCUCACUUUAUGAAAUGGAACUUGCAGGCCUGGGGGGAGGGAGGAAGAAGCUAUAGGAACACAUUUUAUUUGGCAUUGCUGGCACAUUUAUUAAGCUUUGGAGAGCAACAAAUAUGUUUCCCACAUUGAUGGGAGUACAGUGUUUCUCUACUCUGUUGGCCAGAGCCAAAGUGCAUGGUAUUUGUGCACAAGCUUUGUAGAAAUCUGUGGGGCUUUUUGCUGGAGUGUGUGUAAGAGGCUGCGGAACUACUUUGCGUGCAGAUUGAUUUUUGUCAGUGAGAACUCUUGCUAAGAUAUGUUGUCGGCAGGCCACGAAUAAGGCUUUUGUAUGGCAGUGCUUUUGCCUGCCGAGUCUUCCUGUCAGUCGGGAUCUUAGCAGGGAUGUUGGAUGGGGUUGUCCUGGGUCCACUACACUGUGUGUCUGGGAGGUACGUAUCCCCAGGGGGAAUUACUCCUCUGGGAACGACAAAGAGUUUUCAGGCUGUGCGCAGUCUGUGUUUAGAGUCAGGAUGUUUAUGUCUGUUAUCAGCUUUCUGAGGACACGGUGUUUAGCCUUGCAUUUAUGCCUACGCAUCUGUCAGGGGUGGCAUUAAGCAAAACAAUCCACAGCAUAACAAAAUUUAAUGGACAGGCUCAUCUUGACAAAGCAGCGAAGAAAGGGGAUUUGACUUGUUUCCAGUGAGAAUCUGGACAUGCACUUUUACUGUCAUCAAACUGCGGGGAUUAGGAGAGAGGACUCUCAUUUAUGGAUCAGUUUGGCUGUUUCAGGCCAAACUCGGGAUUGGCACCAGAACCCUAAAAGUGAUGUUUUUAUUCAGACACACACAGGGUAGAAUGAUGCUAACCCGUUCUCCAGCGCUCAGUUUUUGAGACUCUUAUUUCACAACUGGUGGCCUUAAGUUCACUUUAACUGCACGGCUAUGGGUGAGGAUCAAUCUUUUCUGAGAAACAUGGGGAUUCGCUUGAAAAGCAGCACAUCUAUCUAAGUGACUCAGCAAGUGUUGGUAAAAAAGAAAGUACACUUUGCAAUUCUCUCAUUUAGCCAUGUUUCUGAAUAGUAGAAGUGCUUGUUAAAAUAGUUGCUCCUCUGUAGUUACUUGAGAUCGUUUUGGGGGAAAAAAAAAAAAUAAAGUAUUUUUCUAAUACUUCUGUAA